GUCAACCUCACCGCACGUCACUGCCUGGCUCCUCCUAUCCCUGCUGCUAAUCCACUGACCCCUAAGUCCAACAAGAGAAAGCGUGGGAACCGACAGGAGGAUGGUCGACCUUAUAUGAAGAAGCCGCCAACACUUUUAUGCUGUUCAGAAAAGAACAAGCUCUAAAUGUUGUGGCUGAGCUACACAACAAUAACAGUGCACAAGUGUAUGCUGUUCUGGGACAGAGGUGGAAGGCGCCGUCCAAAGAGGAACAGCCCAAGUAUGAUGAGGAAGCUGAGUUGGAGAAUGUGCUCCACGUACUGCACCACCCCAACUUGUCCUCCAGGGACAACUAUAACAAAAGCACAAAGAGAGUGAGGAGGAGGCCUCCCACCAAGCCUGAAGCUGCAUACAUGAGAGGGCCAGAAUAUUAGGAACCUCUGAAGGUAAUACAGCUCUUGGUUUCAUUCAUGUGUUGAGUCCUGACAGCUAGAUUUAAUAGGCAAAGAAAUAUAACAAAACAGAGAUCGGUCAGGGAGCGAGAUGAAACAAACUCAACAGCAACUAAAACAAAACCAGAAAACAAACCAAGAAAUCUUGCUGACACAAAAAAACUCCAAAGAACAGCCCAAGGGUAACCAAGGCAAAAACCAUACGGAAGACUGAUGCAAAAACUUACAAAGCAGACAGGGUGUGAUGCACAGAGAGAUGUGGCAAACGAGGCAUGGAGACCAGAUGAACCAGCAACCAGACUGAGGGAAGGGAGGAGGAUAUAUGGGCAGAAAACCAGGGGAUAAUGAGCAACAGGUUGAAACAAUGAAUAGUGAUUGUGAAUUGGGGUAAAGCUGGGGCAGGUGAGGUGACACAAGACAGGAAACUAACCAAAAUAAAAGCACCAAACAGGAAGCAAAACUGCAAACUAAAACAGUCUGUCAAACUGUACCUGCAGUUACACUGUUAUCCUUUGUUGGUCUGACAAUUUAAAGGUAAAAUAUGUUUGAGGGCAGGCCAUCACACAGCAAGUGUCUCAA